UCCAAAGGCGGUCCGCUGCGCGGAUCCUGCAGGCAGUGCAGCAGCAACUGGCGGACGUCUGCGAGGUUGGGUGUUAUAUGAUAAGACUGCUGUUGAAGUGGCGUGGUAAAGCAGUGUUCCUCGAUCCGCUCGUAGAAAAGGGGUCGUUCUCAUUGUACUCGGUCGGUCGGAAUGGUAGUUUCGUAUGCAUCACCACUAUCUUCCCACCCCACAGAUGAUCUCGCAAACUCUCACAGCCAUUUGUAUACCCCCGUACCUCAUCCUCAGACCCACAAAUCCAGCCCAAGAACAGCAAUGCUCCACACAUCCCCCUCACCAUCAUUCUUCGUCAUCAUCCUAUUCCCUCACUCCCAAGCCUCCAUCACAGAUUCUCACACAGAUAUCACCACAUCCCCACCAAUCCGCUCGCCACCGGCUUCCACAGCUUCCUCCCAGAACAGCGCAAGCUCGUCAAUCACAACCCUAACCACCACUCCCCAGCGACACAAAAACUUGUCUGUCACGUGUCUAGACGCAGGACCAGCGCAGAAGCAAGUCUUGCCGUACACUCUGCGCGAGACGGUUCUAUAACCUGGUUAUACGUGGAACGCGGGGAGAGGAGCGAGAAAGAUUCGUCCAGAAGGGUUGAGCAGCCUGGCGACCUGUGAGAAUUGAAUGGGGGUGUGGGUGGGUGCGCGGGAUAUUCGAAUCAAUGCGUCGUUUCC